GCUUCCUCCUCGGGGCGGAGCCACGUCACGUGCCGGGAAGAAAGAACCAGAGGCCCGCUGGGCGUGGGGCUGAGCGGCCAUGGCAGCUCCGGAGCCGCUGUCCCCCGCGGGCGGCGCGGGCGAGGAGGCGCCGGACGAGGACGAGGCGGAGGCCGAGGACUCUGAGCGGCCGGGGGUAUUGGGUGGCGCGCGCAGCGGCGGCGGAGGCGGCGGCGGUGGCGGCGGGGCCGGUCCUGGGGGCUGCGGCGGGCCGGGGGGCGCGCUCACCAGGCGCGCGGUCACGCUGCGGGUGCUCCUCAAAGACGCGCUGCUGGAGCCCGGCGCCGGGGUGCUGUCCAUCUACUAUCUGGGGAAGAAGUUCGUGGGAGACCUGCAGCCCGAUGGGAGGAUUGUGUGGCAGGAAACGGGCCAGGUGUUCAACUCACCCAGCGCCUGGGCCACCCAUUGCAAGAAGCUGGUGAACCCGGCCAAGAAGUCUGGCUGUGGCUGGGCCUCUGUCAAGUACAAGGGCCAGAAACUGGACAAGUACAAGGCUGCCUGGCUCCGGCGAAACCAGCUCCAUAUACCUGCAGCUGCCGCCGAUGAGUGGGCACCUGGGGCAACGACAGGAACCGAAGGCUCAGGCCAGCCAGAGGUCUCUGUGGAACUUGCCGGGAGGGUAGGGAGCAGCCAGCUGAAAGUCCCGUCGCUGUCCCCCCAACCCCGACCCCGCCAGAGCCCGGCCAGCGAAGGAGAGGAGGAGGAGCUAAUGAUGGAGGAAGAGGAGGAGGAGGUUCUGACAGGAGUCUCAGCAGAGGACAAGAGUCGGAGACCACCGGUGAAGGGCCCCUCCUCGGAGUCUGUCUACCUUGAGGCCACGCUCCCAGGGAAAAGGGUGGAAAACAAGAUCCGGGUGCCUGUGCGCUACUGCAUGCUGGGUAGUCGAGACUCUGCCAGGAACCCACACACCCUGGUGGAAGUAACAUCCUUCGCAGCUAUCAACAAGUUCCAGCCGUUCAACGUGGCCAUCUCUAGCAACGUGCUGUUCCUGCUGGACUUCCACAGCCACCUGACCCGCAGCCAGGUCGUGGGGUACCUGGGCGGCCGCUGGGACAUCAACAGUCAGAGUGGGUAUUUGGGGCCUGUGGGCAGGGGGGUGUUUGGGGCUGGGGUCGAUGUCCACACCUUCUCCCGCCUCCGCGCAGUGCUCACGGUGCUGAGAGCCUUCCCCUGUCGGAGCCGGCUGGGGGACGCGGAUACCGCGGCCGCUGUGGAAGAGGAGAUUUACCAGAGCCUGCUCCUGCGAGGCCUGUCCCUGGUGGGCUGGUAUCAUAGCCACCCGUACAGCCCGGCGCUGCCGUCGCUGCAGGAUAUCGACGCGCAGAUGGACUACCAGCUGCGGCUGCAGGGCUCCAGCAACGGCUUCCAGCCCUGCCUCGCCCUGCUCUGCUCCCCUUACUACUCUGGUAACCCGGGCCCAGAGUCCAAGAUCUCGCCCUUCUGGGUGAUGCCGCCCCCUGAGCAAAGGCCCAGUGACUAUGGCAUCCCCAUGGACGUGGAAAUGGCCUACGUCCAGGAUGGCUUCCUGACUAAUGACGUCCUUCAUGAGAUGAUGCUGCUGGUGGAGUUCUACAAGGGCGCCCCUGACCUCGUCAGGUUCCAGGAGCCUUGGAACCAGGAGCACACCUACCUCGACAAGCUCAAGAUCUCCCUGGCCAGCAGGACGCCCAAGGACCAGGGCCUGUGCCAUGUGCUGGAGCAGGUUUACAGCGUCCUCAAGCAGGGGAGCUGAGAGCACCAGCCUCCAAGGACCGGGGAAGCCUUUGGUCAGAUGUGGCUCCCCGAGGCUCUGCGUGAGGGGAGUGGGCCCAGGGCCUUUGUGCUGCUUUGUUCCUGUGUGACUGAGCUGUGUGACGGCAGGGGCUCACAUAAUAAAGGAGAAAC